AUGGCCUCUCGUUUGGACUCCCCUUUCGAUCUGGAGCGCUGCGGGCCAGCUGUAGACUUGGCUCUGGAUAAAGUCAAUGAGAAGUUCCUGGCGCAUCAUGGAAUUGAGCUGCAGAAGGUGCAAGGCAGCUACCCAUCCUGUUCCGGAGCCAUAGCCCCAGGGUUGGCAGCAGACAUGCACUUCAAGGAUGAUGUGAUCGCCUUCAUCGGACCAGCAUGCGCCUUCGCGUUGGAGCCGGUGGCGAGGCUCGCGGCUUACUGGAACACGCCUAUCAUUACUGGGAUGGGAGAUCAGCCACCAUCGGAAGGGGAGUUGGCAGCGCCGGCUAGCGUCGUCAGUCGAAUGCACAGACUUAGGAAUUUACGCAAAGGGACAAGGCCUCAAACGUUGUUCAACGAUAAAGGGAAGUAUCCGACACUCACUAGGAUGUCAUACUGCCAGUGUCGACUGCCUCGGGUGUUCACCAGCGUAUUCGAACGCUUUGGUUGGGCUCAUGUCGCCUUGCUGCUUGACAAGUCCGACCUCUUUUCUUUAACUGUUGGUAAGAGCUUGGAGUGGGGUCUUCGCAAGAAAGGAGUUCUGAAGGCAGUGAGGGAACUGGACGGCAACGAGAGGGAAUCCUGUGAGGCACUGCUAAAAGAUGUCAGCAUGUACGCUAGAGUUGUAAUACUGAGCGUGCGCGGCUCACUGGUGCGAGAGUUCCUGCUCGCUGCGCACGCGCUCGGCAUGACGCGAGGAGACUGGGCUUUUCUCGACGUGGAGAUCUUUCAGGGUGGCUACUGGGGCGAGACGGGCUGGGCGGCUGACGACGAGAGAGACACCGCCGCGCGCGCAGCCUACGAGGCGCUAUUGCGCGUCUCUCUCAAACUACCCACAGGCGACCGCUUCGACGAGUUCGCUGAUGCCGUCAGAGCGAGAGCCAAGCAACACUAUAAUUAUUCCUUCUCGGAUGGUGAAGAGGUGAACUUCUUCAUCGGUGCAUUUUACGAUGGUGUGUACCUGCUGGGUAUGGCGCUGAACGAGACCCUAACGGAAGGGGGAGACAUCAGAGACGGGAGGAACAUCACCAGGCGAAUGUGGGGACGAGACUUCCACGGUAUAACCGGCCACGUUCGCAUCGACGCCGUCGGUGACAGGGAUGCAGACUACGCCAUCUUGGAUUUGGAUCCCGUCACUGGGAAGUUUGAGGUGGUAGCAUUUUUCCAUGGCCUCAACAGCAGCUACAAAAUAGACGCGGAGUUGAACAAUACUUCAUGGCGGGUUCGGCCUGAGGAGGUGCUGGUGGAAGUCGGCACUGGACUUGGAGCCAGUCCAGCGCUGCAUAGCAUCAAUGAGCUGUCCUUGGGCUGGAGUGCUCGAGGCAGCACAGGAGCAGCAUCAACCCUGGGCACCCCUUCUCUCACCCUCUCUUCAUUCACCGUGGGCCUAUAUAAGGGCAACAGGGUCGCCGUCAAGAAGAUACAUAGAAAGAAACUAGACCUUAAUAAGAAACUGCUGUGGGAGAUCAAACAGGCCCGUAACGUGUCCCACGAGAACACGGCGCGUUUCAUCGGCGCCUGCGUCGACUGCCCUCUGGUGUUCGUGCUCACGGAGUACUGUCCUAAGGGCUCCUUGAAGGAUGUCCUCGCAAAUGAUGAGCUUCAGCUCGACUGGAACUUCAGGACUUCACUGGUGCAUGAUAUUGUGCAGGGUAUGUGCUACCUUCACGGCGGGCUCGGCGCUCACGGUAAACUCCGUUCCUCAAACUGCCUCAUUGACGGACGCUUCGUGCUCAAGAUAUCCGACUACGGGCUCAACACGCUGUGCACGCCCACAGACCUCAUCAAGGAUGACACCUAUUAUUACAAGCUACUAUGGACGGCGCCGGAGCUGGUGGCGGGCAGCAUAUACCCUGGUGCCGCAGCCUCUCUCAAGGGUGACGUGUACAGCUUCGGCAUUAUACUGGAAGAGAUCGUCCUCAGAGCUGGACCCUUCCAUAAUUAUACGCCUACCAUGUCUAGUAAAGAAAUCGUAGGACACGUGUGUGCUCGAGAGUCCCCUCCAUUUCGGCCCGUGGUGGGGGUGGGUGAAGUGGGUGCCGCGGCGGGUGGCGGCGGAGGGGCUGCUGUGGAACUCCUGGAUCUGGCUGAACGGUGCUGGGCAGAGGCGGCUGAUGAUAGACCCAGCUUUGAUACUAUUAAUGCUAAUUAUAUCAAGGGCUAUUGUGACAACUUGAUGGACGAUCUCCUGCGUCGCAUGGAGCAGUACGCGAACAACUUGGAGUCACUCGUCGAGGAGAAGACUGAACAACUGUCGCUGGAGAAACGGAGGUCUGAGGAGCUGCUGUAUCAAGUACUGCCAAGGCCUGUAGCCCAACAACUAAUGGCUGGCGAGGUAGUCCAGCCCGAGAGCUUCGAGUGCGUCACAGUCUACUUCAGCGACAUCGUCGGCUUUACGGAGCUGUGUGCCGCCUCCACGCCCAUGCAGGUUGUGGACUUGUUGAACGACCUCUAUAGUACCUUCGACAGGAUCAUUGGCUCCUAUGAUGUUUAUAAGGUGGAGACGAUAGGAGACGCUUACAUGGUGGUGUCUGGUCUCCCGGAGAGGAAUGGGGACCUGCACGCUCGGGAGAUCUGCCUCAUGGCACUGGCUAUUGUAGAAGCUGUGAGGGGGUUCGUCGUCAGACACCGGCCUACGCAUCGGUUGGAGGUUCGUAUCGGAGUCCACUCGGGCCCCGUCUGCGCAGGAGUGGUGGGAGUCAAGAUGCCUCACUACUGUCUAUUUGGUGAUACCGUCAAUACUGCCAGCAGAAUGGAGUCUACUGGACAACCUCUCCGGAUUCACCUAAGCGAAAACACCAGAGCAUUACUAGAACAAUGGGGCACAUUCGUGGUCGAGCGCCGAGGUGAAGUGGAACUCAAAGGCCGAGGGAGGAUGCUGACCCACUGGCUCCUCCACUGCUCAGACCCUGAAGCCAGGGCACCUACACAAGGGUUACAACCACCUCCUCAGUAUCCUAUCCUAUUUCCCGCUUUACCACAGCCGGCACUCUCCCUACAGGUUCCUUAUUUAGUGGUUGAGCCUCCUACUUUAGCUGCUUGAAGAUCAAGUCUUGAGGAUUGGAUUCUGAUGGCCUACAUGGAAGAGCAUGAACGAUGUGGAAGAGUAUCUACUUCUGAACCGGUUUUUGCAU